AUGGCUCAUGAAGCAGCAGGCACGUGGUGUGGCACUGUCAGAUACGAACCUGGAAUCUGGAGUACACACUGCUUACAGUACACAGCAGCAGAGAGUUAUUGCCUCUAUGUGAUUGAAUGGGACUCUUUCACCAUCUUUGUCUUUCCCACUUUGGCUCAUAGCUGGCAGCCUGGGAUCAAGAACCCAUACCGUGGGGUGGUCAUAUGGCCUGUUCCUGAAAAUGUUGAAAUUACUGUGACGCUUUUUAAGGAUCCCCACGCUGAAGAGUUUGAAGACAAAGAAUGGACGUUUGUCAUAGAGAAUGAAUCUCCUUCUGGACGCAGAAAAGCGCUUGCCACCAGCAGCAUCAACAUGAAGCAAUAUGCAAGCCCCAUGCCUACCCAGACAGAUGUCAAGUUAAAAUUCAAGCCUUUGUCUAAGAAAGUGGUAUCUGCCACACUACAGUUCUCUUUAUCUUGUAUUUUCCUGAGAGAAGGAAAAGCCACGGAUGAAGACAUGCAAAGCCUGGCUAGUUUGAUGAGUAUGAAACAAGCUGAUAUUGGAAAUCUAGAUGAUUUUGAGGAAGAUAAUGAAGAAGAUGAAGAAAACAGAGUGAAUCAAGAGGAAAAGGCUGCAAAAAUUACAGAGCUUAUCAAUAAGCUUAAUUUUCUGGAUGAAGAGGAGCAAGACCUGGCCAACUCUAGUACGAACCCUUUUGGUGAUCCUGACACAGCAAAAUUAAAUCCAUUUGGAGACCCUGAUGUAGAAGAACUGGAUACUGAAACUGCUUCAUCUUCAAAGCCAGAAGAAAGUUUCUAUGCUGACAAUUUCAAUCCAUUCAAGGAUGAGGAUGCCCCAGAGUACUUGAACCCAUUUGAUGAGCCAGAUCCUGACCCUGAAACGUUUGUAACUGUACGAGAUUCUCCUCCGCAACCUGCAAAAAGGAAAAACGUCAGACCAGUGGAUAUGAGCAAAUACCUCUAUGCAGAUACCGCUAAAGCUGAAGAGGAAGAGCUAGAUGAAUCAAAUCCGUUUUAUGAACCAAAAUCAAGCCCAGCUUUAAUUAAAGUUGCUCCACUGCAAGAAUCAGAAAAGAAGAUGAAAAGAAAGGCUCCUGAACCACCGAAUGUCUUGCCAAAGACAGAGAUGGGCGUGAGUGAGAACAUGUCAGCUGUUCCUGCAUCGAGGGAGCUUUCUUCUUCUCCUAAG